AGAAAAGCUGUGAUUCUGGAAAAAAUAUAAAGAAAACAAAGAAAAAAGAAGUAUAAGGAGAUUAGUUUUCUAUUUUUUUUUCCAUUUUGUUUCGUUCGGCGCUGGAAAAUGAGCGCCUCUAGAUUCAUAAAGUGCGUAACCGUCGGUGAUGGCGCCGUCGGCAAAACCUGCUUGCUGAUUUCCUAUACCAGCAAUACUUUUCCUACGGACUAUGUCCCUACUGUUUUCGACAAUUUCAGUGCAAAUGUUGUUGUGGAUGGCAGCACUGUCAACUUAGGUUUAUGGGAUACUGCAGGUCAGGAGGAUUACAAUAGAUUAAGACCACUGAGCUACCGCGGGGCAGAUGUCUUUAUUCUUACAUUUUCUCUACUCAGCAAGGCCAGUUACGAAAACAUUGCCAAGAAGUGGAUUCCUGAAUUAAAGCAUUAUGCGCCUGGUGUUCCAAUAAUUCUCGUUGGAACCAAGCUUGAUCUCCGAGAUGAUCAGCAAUUCUUAAUAGACCAUCCUAAUGCAGCGCCCAUUUCCACAGCUCAGGGAGAGGAAUUAAGGAAGCAGAUAGGGUCUCCUGCCUACAUUGAGUGUAGUUCAAAAACACAGCAGAAUGUGAAAGCAGUGUUCGAUGCAGCCAUUAAGGUAGUGCUCCAGCCUCCGAAGAAAAACAAGAAGAAAAAGGCACAUGGUGGUUGCUCAAUAUUAUGAUUGACGGAAGAUUUGGUCUUGCCAGCUUCUUGCUGCUUGUAUCUCUAUCACUGUCAGCUUGACAUUCAAGGAAGUAGCGAAGUCAUCAUGUAUAAUCUCUAUAGUUUAAACCGACUUUUUCUUUAAAAA